AUGGGUAAAAAAGCAAUUCAGUUCGGUGGCGGCAAUAUUGGCCGUGGCUUUGUUGCUGAGUUCCUGCAUGAGUCUGGCUACGAGGUUGUCUUCAUCGAUGUCGUGCCACAGGUCAUCGAAUCGUUGAACAAAAACAAGAGCUAUGAAGUCACCGAGAUCAGCGAAGAGGGCGAAAAGACCAAGACCAUUACCAACUACCGUGCUCUGAGCUCCAAGACCCAAGAACCAGAGGUCGUUAAGGAGAUCGCUACUGCCGAUGUCGUCACCUGUGCCGUCGGACCAAACAUCCUAAAAUUCAUUGCUCCCGUCAUUGCCAAGGGCAUUGAUGCUCGUGAAGAGGGACUUCCCCCCAUUGCUGUCAUCGCCUGUGAGAAUGCCAUUAACGCAACUGAUGCUCUUCGUGGCUAUAUCGAAGAACACCUCGACAAGUCUCGUCUAGACACUCUUCCCAAGCGUGCUCGCUUCGCCAACUCGGCCAUCGAUCGUAUCGUCCCUACCCAGCCCGAACACGCAGGUCUCAACGUUCGUAUCGAGAAGUUCUACGAGUGGGCGGUUGAACAGACUCCAUUCGGUGAAUACGGUCAUCCAGAUAUCUCUGCCAUCCACUGGGUUGACCAUCUCGAGCCUUACAUUGAGCGCAAGCUCUUCACUGUCAAUACUGGUCACGCAACGGCCGCCUACUAUGGCUACAAAGCCGGCAAAAAGACAAUCCACGAGGCUAUGGCCGAAGAGACCAUUCACAAGGCAGUUCAUGCGGCUUUAGACGAGACUGCAUCCUUGAUUAUCAGCAAACAUGAAAUCACUGAACAGGAACAGAAGGAAUACGUUAAGACCAUCAUCUCACGUAUCUCCAACCCCUACCUUGAGGACGUUGUCGAGCGUGUUGGCCGUGCCCCAUUGCGCAAGCUUUCUCGCAAGGAGCGAUUCAUCGGGCCGGCUGCCCAACUGGCUGAGCGUGGCAUGAAAUUCGACGCCUUGCUCGGAUCCAUUGAGAAGGCACUUCAGUUCCAGAAUGUCAAGGGAGAUGAUGAGAGUACAGAACUCGCUAAGAUACUCAGUGAAAAAACCGCCGCCGAAGCUACUCAACAAAUCACCGGCCUCGAGACCGAUCACCCGCUUUACCAGCCUGUCUUGAAGGUUGUUGAGAAGGUUCAGUCAGUGUCAAAACCGCAGGCCCGAAUUUGA